AUGAACAAUUUGAGCGUGCCCACCGUCGCAUCGACCAACUUCGGGACCGUGACGCGCGCGACGCCGACCCGCUCUGGCGCCUCUUCCGGCGGCUGCGGAGCCGAUUGUGAGGCGGGCGAGCUGGGGGAUCGUUGGAUCGGCAUGUGGUUGGGGCCCGGGGCCCGGUGUGACACGGGUAUCGGGGCCUUGAAGGCACAGGAGGAGACGGAGGACCAGAACCCCAUCACGUCUGCGAUCGCGUUCAUCUCUGGCGUCAUCGGCUCAUUGCUCUCGAGCCCCAAAACGGAAGAAGGUGAAGCCAGCAUCGUGCAGCAGUUGGGGCGAACCCCUUUGGAAGCCCAAAAAGGCCUUCCGAUCUACUCCUUGGGGCCUUUCCCCAGGUGCACGGAGGCCUCAGACCUCCGGAGCAAGCCCAGGAAGAUCACCGUGAUCACCACCGCGGCCUUACCGUGGACGACUGGGCCGGCCAUUAACCCGCUGCUGCGGAGCCUGGCUUUGGCGAGGAGAGGUCAUGAGGUGAUCUUGGUGAUGCCGUGGUUAGAACCCCUCCAGCAGGCGCUGCCUACCUGUCAGCGCACCGUGUUAGGUGAGGCAGAAGAAGUCCUGGCCCAGCGUCGGUGGGCCGCCGGUGGCCGCCUCGUGCAUUUCUUGGUGCCAGAUGAGCAGGUGAGGAGAGAAGAGGGGAUGGAGGAGGUGGUUUUUGCUUGGCAACCUCCCUGUGACCUGAAGCCUUCCAGCUUUGGACGGAACUUGGGGCCUUCCUUCAGGACCUACUGGACCACAUCAGGCCCUGAUUGCGUGGAGGUGGCACCGAACCAAACCUUGUACAUCUAUGGCGAAGACACGCGUUUGGUACAGCUGGUUGAGAACGGUCGAAUUCUUGCGGAGAUGUCCGGGCACGUGAUUUGGAAGCCUGAUAUGACCACCGCAACAUCAAUGGAUGUUCAGGUGGAAGAUCCCGAGCUCCGAGCCUCUGGCACCUUCUCGUGGCGCUACGUGCUGAGCUCGAUGGCCUUGCUCUUCCUGUGGCACGUCCUUCGAUGGGGGAUCUCCAUACAUUUGGAGCAAGCUGCAGCUCUUCCCGGCCACCUGGGGCCACCAUGGUGGCGGGGAGUCUUAGUGGCCUUCAACGGUGCCGUCUUUUGCGUUUGGGGGCUGUUCCAUACCUGGGCUGCCAGUCUUUCUGGUGAAGUGGGCAGCACCGGCCUUCAGAAGCUGGUGCCCAUUUGCAUGGCCAUUCCACCCAUGCUACCUAUGGGCACUUGGGUCCAACUGGCGGACUUCCCCCUCUCGCUCUUUGGUUUAAGCAUUCUCUUUCUCUUUGGCCCCACUUUGCAGUACUACCAAACACAGCAGCAGCAUCCUGCACGCCGUCUCCUGCCCUGCUUGGUGUGGACCAUCGCACAGUUGGCCGGAACAGUAGGCAUCUCUGCGAUUUUGGCCGUCAUUGUUGUCGCCUACCGAUUGCUCCUAGUGAGCCAGCCCGUCCUCGCCUCCUUCUUUUUGCCCGUUUGCACAGCUGUAGUCGAAACUGGAGGUGUGAUGUACACCAAGAUCUUGUAUGCCAAGCUGGUGGUUCAAAAGCGUCCAAUGGUACCAGGGGACAUCUCUUGGGUUGCCAUGCCCUACAUGAUGUGUUCAGCACACGCCUUUUCGGAGGCUGCACGGCUGGCAGCGGUCUUCUCGGGCGCAGUGAGCACGGGUGACUAUGGUUGGGUGGCUAGCUUGGCGGUGACACUGUCGCUGAACAUUCUGGUGCGAUCUGGCUGGAUGCGCUAUGGAUGCUAUGUGCUAGUGAGGAAGAUUGGUGGCUCCAAGCGCGCGAUGUGGAUGUUGGCUCCAACUGCUUGGAACAAGCUCCAUGAUGAGAUGAAGAUCUAUGCGGGCUACUUCCGAUUCAUUGUGGUUUUAGCACUUGUGGCCGCGCGCGCGGUACUCUUUCAGGAGAUCUCCUUGUCAUCUUCCAGGGCUGCAGCCUUCAACAUGUCCGCAGCUUUGGCCUUGAUUGCCAUGCUCCUCGUGGAGUACCUGGAAGAUCACAUCGUCCUUCGCGAGCUGCUUCCCACGAGCCCGGUGAUCUCGGAGUUCGUGGAGCACGAGGUGCAGAAGGCGUCGAGGAACUCUCAAGGAUGCUUGCUGAGUUUGGACCUGCGAGUCACCGAACCGGGGAGUGCAUGUUCCAAUGGCAAGACACCCGUGCCGUGUUCGACCCUUUUGCCCGUGCCGGGCGAGCACUUGGAGAAAGCAGAAGGUUUCCACCGCGCUUCAUCCCCUGCAUCGACCGGAAGAAACUCAGAGCUGUGCGGACCAUCCCGGUCGCCAAAGCGUGCCACGGGUGGGUCACACCAACGCGCGGAAAGUGUGGGUUCUGAGGAGGAUAAGCAACGCAUGUUUUCUGUCAUUUUGCCCUUGCAGUGUGAGCACGCGGAGAACGCAGAAGAUGAUGAAUGCUCGAUCCUCGCCGAGCCCGCAGCGUCGGCCAGAUCCAACAACUCAGAUGGGCGUGAGCAUUCCCAGUUCUUGCACACGGCCACCGUGCUGGGGCUGCGCAUGGAAAGCGUGGGUUCCGAGGGUGGCGAGACACCCAAGUUUUCUGCAAUCCUGCCAUUGCCCGGUGAGCAUUUGGAGCAAGCAGAAGAAGCGGAAGAAGGUGAGCUAGUCGUCGCCGAAUCCCCUGUCUUGCCCAGAUCCAGCCGAGAGGGCUUCAUCCAGCUCAACCUUCACCCCACCGCCCAGAGCUGCGAUGACCGACCGAUUGGAUCGAUUUCGGCGCCACGCAGAGUCCAGACGUUGCCUGCACGCGUGGCCGCGCCACUUCCAGAACCCAAACUCUUGGACUUCGCCACGCCCAUGACCUCCCAAGCUUCUAUGGGCCAGCGCCGCAGCAGCCUGCCAAGCCGGCUACGUCGAUGGUUUGGCCAAGAACGGCAGGUCGUGCCGUGCCUUUUGUUACAUGGAUUGAGAGAGAUGCCUUGGUUCUGUCAACUCAGUGCGAUUGCCAUCACUUGCGAGGUGGCAUUGGGUUUUUUGAACACCACACUCGGUCCUGGCUAUAUCCGAGGGGUCACAGAGGCCUGUGAAGAUUUUGAUGCGUUAGUGAUUGUCUGGUGGCCCACGCCCUUACUGUGCUAA